UAUUCCGCAGUCAAGUGCGAUGUUUCAGCGAUCGCGAAACAUGACUUGUAUUAGAAAGCGAUAUUUCAAUUGGAAUCGGAUACUACUCCUCCCUUUAGGAUUGUGGCCUGACAAGGAAACAAAAUUCACUCGUUUUCAGGCAAGAUUGUUUUGCUGUUUUGUGAUGAGCAACAUCGCAUUUCAGUUCUCAAGACUCUUCAAGACAGAAUGUGGCAUUGAGCAUGCUAUCAGAAUAAUCUGUUGCGCAACUUUCUUUGUUAUGCUCAUGAUUAUGUGCAUCUGCUUGUGGAUUAACAUGAAAACUAUAAAAUAUUUCUUGGACCAAUUGCAAUACAUCUACGAUGAGCUAAAAGACAAAAACGAAAUUGCUAUCUAUGAAAAAUACGGAUACUUUGGGAAACGUCUUACGAUUACACUGAUAGUACUUCUUAUGUGCGGUGUAUUUACUAAUUGUGUCAUGAUAUAUUCGCCAUACAUUCUUGACGUCGUCAUGCCGAAAAAUGAAUCUUACACAAUUCACAUGAUGGAAAUGGUGACCAAGUACUUCAUUGUAUCAGAAAAGUAUUAUUUUUUAUUUCUUGUGCACCUAAACGUAACCUGUUCUGCAGAAUUGAUUGUACUCAUAGCGACGGCAACAAUGCUGAUGUCGGUUUUCAAGCAUAUCUGUGGAAUGUUUGAGAUUGCCAGCUACCGCAUUGAGCAAGCAAUGACGAUCGAGUUGUUACGUGAUCAUAAUACGAAAAAUGAGAUUAUAAUUUACAAGAAGAUAAUCUAUGCCGUAGACAUACAUCACAAAGCCAUGCAAUUCGCAAAAUGUUUCAUGAAUAAAAUUGAAGGAUCAUUCUUCUUUUUGAUAAUAGCUACUGUACUUUGCUUGAGUUUCAAUCUGUUUGGAAUAUUUCACAUUGAGUCACCUCUGGAGGAAAAGGAAGAAGUUUUAUUACACCUUCUUGCUAUUUCAAGUAUGCUCGUGGGUUUGUUCCUAGCUAAUUAUACUGGACAAGAAAUUACAGAUCAUAGCAAUUCUGUAUAUGUAACCACCUUAUUUCUUUAUAGAUACAACGUUUCAUGAUAUUUAGCACCGAUACGUAUACAGAAACUGGUACUGUUUCUAUUACAAAGGGGCAGUAAAAUUUUCACCCUGGAUGUUGGUGGAUUAUUUUCAGCAUCUUUAGAAUGUUUCGCAACACUGUUGAGUGCAUCAGUAUCUUACUUCACCUUCAUGUAUUCAAUGCAGUAAGAACAAGUAAAACUCUUGUGUGACAGAAUAGAAUAGCAUUUAGCAUUAGUAAUUAUAAUAGUAUAGAUAGAUAUAAAAUACACAUUUAUCCUUCUGUUUGUAUGUUUAAUGUAAAAUGUUGAUAGCGUUACUACUACAUAUAUCGCACCUUGUAUAUAUAAGGGUGGAUCUUAACUAUUCUUGGUAACAAAAUUUUUCGAACUUCUUUUCGAGCUUUGUAACGUAUUUUAAACCUUAAAGUUAUCACUUUAAAUCUUAAAUGACGGGAACAUAUUUGAAUCUAAUGUUGAAUCUAAAACGGUGUUACGAUUGAUUAAAGGUAAAAGCACGGAAUUACAUGCCGUUCCAACAAGAAAAAAUAAUAUACAGACUUAGUAUUGGCAAUUAAUAUUUAAAAAGAAGUAUGUACAAAGAGUGAGAUAUAUUUAUAACAGACAUUUUCGCUUGGUUUGUUGCACGCGUAUAAGAAGAAAUGAAAAGUCGAAUAAAUAAAAUAAUAAUUCCAAUAUUAAAUAUAUUUAAGCACAGCACGUGUAACAAUAUCUCGUUAGACCAAUAAAGAAACAUGAAACGUUAUAAUAAA